CUCCGUAGUUUCUAACUAUAAAUCAUUAUGGAAUAGUUUUUAUUUAAACCAAAUAUAGUUAACCCAUUUGUGAGUGGUCGAUAUAUCCUAACAAAAAUCUAAGCCCCUUCCAUUUAAACGGGCCGGGAAUAAAAUAGCCCAUUAUUUGUGACUAUGUCAUGCCCAUAAAAUACAUCAUGUAUAAUUAAAACAUAGAAGUCCUUUCCAGAAGGAAAACCCCUUGACUGCUUUCCAGCAAACCAAUCGGUCAACAUGGCUCUUCAACAAACUACACAAAUAUUUCACCCAAAACACAUAUUCAAAUGCCGGUCGUUCUAAAGGCAGCCAAGCAUAUUCAGCUCUUUCCCUACUGAUUUUUCGCCAACUUAUUCAGCCGCCAGUCAUGAAUCCACCGUGUCCGCCUUCGUUGCUCUAAAAACGGUUGAGAACACGUGUGUCAGCCGAAGUGACUAAUCAAGAAGUAUGCAGUCCAACUUACAAGCAUGGGCAAAGCUAAAAAUCAAAUGCAACUUGGGAAUGCAAUUUAAAAGUUCCACGCAUAAAUUAAAUGAGCCUACUGUGGAGACACUGUGCAACCCACUAUGGAACAAAUUUGACAACAUUAUGGACAUAGCAAUAUCAUUCAUUUGUCAUUUAGAUAUUAAAAGAUAUGUAGAUAUUUGUUACUUCGUAUUUUUUCAAGUGGAGACAGUAUUCAUACGUAAUAUGAAUACGGAUAUUGAUGUUGAUGUUUUUGAGCGGCAAAACAAUGAGCCCAAAACAUUUUGCUUUUAGAUAUUAAUAUUUGUAGAUUCCACAAUUAUCCACAAAAGCAGAGUUAUAGAUUCUGCUACUGCCUAAUAGUAGCUUUACCCUUGUAUAGGGUCCUAUUUUC